AUGGGUUGUGAUUGUCGUAGUCCAAUAAAUUGUUAUGAUGACGAAACACGAUACAAAACUAUGUUUGUUUUUCAUACAAUUGAUAUGAUAUUUUUUAUUAUUCGAUUAAGUCUUGUAAGUAAUGAUAUUUCGAAAGGUACUUCGGAUACAAAGAGUUUUCUUAUACCAAUUCUAUUAUUUGAUUUAAUUGCCUCAGUUCCAAUAAUAAUAUGUGAUAUUAUUUAUGUGGUAAUGCGUCAUUGUGUUCAACCAUUAGUUCGUGGACACAGUUCUUCUCCAUGUUUAUGGAAUUUUGGGACAAUGACAUGUAUUCGAAUCGAUUGUCAUCAUGAACGACCACAAACUAUUUUACUGAUGCGUGUUAUUUUUAUCAUUUGUUCCUUUAUCUUAAGAUUUAUUUGUUUCGUUAUCGGUGCUUCCUGUUCUGCUCGUUUCAAAUCACAAUGUACUGCCUAUACUGUCAUUGCUGCUUUUGCUCUAGUAUCAUCUAUAAUAGUUAUUAUUACUGAAUUUGUCCAUUUUUUUCGUUUAUGGACUUACAAUCCAACGGAUACAAGAAAUACAAGCAAUACGAACUCAGUUUAUAGUACUGAUUCUAGGAGAAGAAUAGAAAAAACUCAUCGACAUCAUCUUGGUUUUAUUCAUUAUUCAUUAUUAAAUGAUCAAAAUGCCGACAAAUUUCGAGAUUCAAGAUGUGAAAAAGGAAAUGAUUGUAAAUCAUACAGUCUUCAUCAUCAUUUAUUGUAUCAUACACUUGAAUCGGAACAUGAUAUUGCUUUAGAAACAUUGUCAAAUAACGAAAAAAGAUCUUUCAUUGCUUUUUAUGAAACAACUAGACAAGAAGCAUUAGAUAUUGCUCAAAAUGGAUUUCCAUAUGGAGAUACUACUAAUACAGGAUAUAAAGAUUAUUUGCAUCUGAAACAAAGUAUUUUUUUUACACGUUCAUGUAAAAGAGAAGGUUCUUCGCCUACAGAAGCGAUUAUAUGUGUUCGACUCAAUUUAGGACGAACAUUAGUAAUAACUAGUGAUACAAAUCCGAAUCUUAAUGAUUAUUUUGGACUUGGCGAUGGAAAAUGUGACACAGUUUAUGUAAGAAAUACACGUCGGUUUUAUCUUCGAAUGCCAGGUCAAAUUGAAAAAUGGAUUAUUACAAUUAAUACUGGUGUUCCAGUUAAUGACAAUCUCGAUGGAGAUUUUUAUGUAGGUUGUCCUUAA